AUGGCGUCGACUUCCCGAGAGUUUCGGGAGGGCGACCUCGUCUGGGCCAAGAUGAAGGGCUACCCACCAUGGCCGGCCAAGGUACUCCCGUUCGACUUUGACGCCGUGAUGCCCGGGCGCCUAAAAGUGCUCUUCUUCGGCACGAAGGAGACGGCGUUCCUCAAGACCAACGAGCUGUACGACUACAAGGAGUUCCGCGGCCAGUUCGAGAUCCCGAGGAAGCACAAGGACUUCAAAGAGGCCGUCGAAGAGGUGCGGAUCGAGGCCGGAUUUGCCGUGCCGACCAUCGGCAAGCACGAGGUGAAAAUCGAGCCCGAGGACCCGGCGGUGCCCUCCACUUCUACGGGUCGGAAACGUCUCAACUCUUCCAAACUGUUUUUUGACGCGUUCGUCGGCGAGCAGCAACGGAAACGGGCGCUCAGCGAUGGGAGCUCGAGCAGUAAAAAGACCCGAUCUCGUACGGACAGCGUCGCCUCGUUCCUGAAACAUUUGAGAAAGAAACGACGACUCGGGAGUGAAAGCUCUGGGGGCAGCAAGCAGAAGCAGCUGAUGAUUUCCGGUGGUUUUAACGAGAAGGAUAUACUGGAGAAUUAUUUGGCGCCGCUCAACGAGCUGCCGAUACUCGAGGGCGAGCUGGGCUUCAGCGAGGUCGACACGAAAAGCAAGAAAUCUGGGAGGUCUCGCUGCUCGUCCAACUUCAUCACCGAGCUCUCGUUAACGAUAGCCAGGCAACGCCAGGAUAGCGGAUCGAAUAAUGGCCGGAAUCGAACUCGCACAAUUUCCGGCAUCUCCGAAAUCUACGAGGACAUUCUGGGUGGGAAUUCCAAGUUUUUACCCGAAGCCUUCCUCGACAUGGUCAACGAGUAUUCAUCGGGGGAAGAGGACGGCCCUGCAACCCCGGAGGGCCCCUCCCAAAUGCCGACCAUCCAGAAGCGGUGCUCGGACUGUGACUGCGCCUGUGCCCUUUAUGGCGUCAAGUGGAGAUGCACGAACAAGGGCUGCCUAAAGUGGAACGGUAUCGCCGAGGGCUACCUAACUGAUGUGAACGGCUCGUCGACGACGACGACGACGGGCCGGACGACACGAGGGCGAUUAAAUUCGGGGCGUGUCGAUGAUGAAGCCAUGCGCGCCGCCCAAGCGAUAAUGUCCCCGGCGAGUCGUCGAUCGAGCGAGAGCACGACAAGCGCCUUGUUACAUAAAUGGAAAAAACCAAAGCCGAAAAAGUCGACGGCUUUAACGCUGGACAACCUCGAUGCGCAGAUACCGCAGUCGCCGGAGAAGUCGUCGAUGGUCAAUGUGAAGCUCGAGCCUGACGACAUCAAGCCGACGCUGUCGAAACGAGGGCGCUCCCCGAUCAAGAGCAAGAACCGCGACUACUACCCGCACGCACGAAUAAAACAGGAAGAGCCGACCACCGGGCGAGGGCGAGAAAAUAGAAGAAAAGUUGAUCGCCUGAGCCCCGAGCGCAACAGCCCGAAUGCGAAGCGACCGCCCGGGAGACCGUCGACAAAACCCAAGCCCGAUCCCACCCAGCAGCUGCCCGUUAAAAUUAAAACAUACAAAGUGGAAAAGACGCCGCCGAUUGGGCCGAGCGGGGCCCGUGAAUGCAUCUUCUGCAAGGGGCAGGUCAGGCCGCAGAUGUGUGGCGGCAGCAAGCAUCGGUGGCGAUGCGUCGACAAGAAAUGCCGAAAGUGGUACGGCUGGGUGCGGGCGAACGAGGUCGUGCCCGAGGUGUACGGCAAGAAGCGGAACGUCGACGACAAGGACGGCAGUGCUGACGAUGGGAAACGAGAUCCGGAUGAUCCAUCGCACAACAACCGCCAAAAUCACACGAAAGAGUUCGCGAUGAAGAUCCGCCUCCGCAACUCCAUGAAAAAGGGCAUGAUCUUCAAGGACGAGGCGGCGCGGAUACAGCGGAAAUACGCGAAGAAACGCGGCGACGCCGACGCCGAGUUCUUCUACAGGAGAGAUCCCCCGUCCCCACUCACCGAACGCCAGAUGGGCUACCACGCAUCGUCGAUGGAGCGUCGCUCGCGCUGGUGGACCGGGGAGAAGCGGAAGGCGGAUGCGAGUCCUGUCAGGGCAUUUAAAACCGGCGUCAACGACGUGGCGGCCACAUUCCGGAUCAUGGCGCAUGCGAUGCGCUCGGCGGCCGUGACGCGCGCCGACGAGCCGGGCACGGUCGCCGGCACGCUCGACCUGCUGAUGGACUCGCUGAUCGCGUCGUUCCCCGCCCUCUUCAGCCUGCUGCAGAAAUUGCCAAAGAUGAAACAAGACGACGCGGUGAUGCAAAAAAUCUGGAACGCCUCCGCCGUCCACACGCCAAUUUUCCAA